GAGUCACGAUGAUCCGUGGUUUGGUGUAUCUGUGUCUCCUGUCGUCUGCUGUGCUCGCCCAACAGGGGCCAGCUUAUUUCAUCUCUGUACCGAACCUCCUGAAAGUCGGUACAGAGGAGACGGUGUCAGUCAACAUCUUCAACGUUCCCAACCCUGUACGGGUGAAGGUUUACCUUCAGGACUACCCUGACAGAAAAUCCACCUUUUCAGAGGCAGAAGUUGAUGUCAACCAAGAUGAGCCAAGCCUUGUGACAGUUCGCGUGAAUGCCGACAACCUGCCCGAGAGCACGGCCACCAAGCGCUACGUCUACGUGGUGGCCAAGUCCGACGAUCCGCAGCUGACAUUCCAGAAGGAGGCACAAGUGCUCCUGAGUUUCCAGCAGGGCUAUGUCUUUGUGCAGACGGACAAGCCUAUAUACACUCCAAACCAGAAAGUAAAGAUGAGGAUCAUGCCUUUGGAUCAGGACAUGACACCAGCCAGCCAACCAGUGAAACUAGAAAUUUUGAAUCCCCAGGGGAUCAUUGUGGAGCAGAAAACCUUCCAGGGGUCGGCAACGGGAUUCAUCGCAGAAACCUUUGACUUCCCAGCAUUCCCCUUGUUUGGAAACUGGACAACUAUUGCCUACUAUGGUCCUGAGAUGCAGCUGAAUGUAUCUACUCAGUUUGAAGUCAGGGAAUAUGUGUUGCCCACCUACGGUGUGAAGAUCAUCCCAUCCAACCCAUACAUCCUACCACAGGAUGAUGUUAUCAGUGGGGAGGUGGAGGCACUAUAUACCUAUGGAAAAGGUGUGGAUGGUUUCCUGGAUUUGAAGUUGGGUAUAAUUGACCAGGAGGGCAACAGACAGCUUUUUGCACAACUGCAAAUAGAGGUUAACGAUGGAUAUGGUUUCUAUGAAAUUCAAACACAAAGAAUCAAAGACAUGGACCUGUGGUUCCCUGAAGGCAGUAGGUUAUACUUAGAGGCAGCUGUGACCGAGGAAGCGGGUGGUCUGCGAGAAAUAGCUGUUCUCACCUCCAUCAGUUUUGAGACAUCACCAUUUAAGAUCGGCUAUGAUCUGACAGCGACGCAUUUCAAGCCAGGCUUACCGUUCCUUGUCAAGCUAACUCUGACAUACCCGAAUACCAAACCAGCCGAGGACAUUCCAGUUCGGGUGUCUGCCACUGCCAUUAUUCCUGGUCAGGAUCCCAUUGUCAUUCUGGGUCGUAACAACGAGCACAACAGUGACACAACCAAUCAAUACGGACAGGCGAGCUUCACAGUCGACGUUCCACCCGCAACACAGACUUUGACUGUCACGGCCCAGACUGAGCAGGUGGGCCUGCCUGCAGCGCACCAAGCCCAGGAGGAUUUCGAGGCCACGCCGUACCAGUCUCCGUCUGCAAGCUACCUGCUGGUGCGCGUGCUGCAGCGCGGGCCCAUUCCUGUGGACGAGGCGAUCGAUGUAGAGGCCGUUGUCACCAAGCAGAACGACAUCCAGAGCUACAACUACAUGGUGGUGACCCGUGGGCAGGUGACCCAUCAGGGGAAGAUUGUACGACAAGGAGGCGUGCUGAAGACGAUCACGUUCCGUACUUCUGCGGUGAUGGCGCCCAUCUCGCGUCUCAUUGUGUACUACAUCAACCUGCAGGGGGAGGUGGUGGCGGACUCCACUCUACUGGAGAUAGAAAAUGUCUGCAGAAAUAAGGUUACAGUAUCUUCAGUUGACAAUGUAGAACCCCAGGAACAGGCCAACAUCGAGGUGGAAGCCGACCCCAACUCUCUGGUGGGACUCCUGGCUGUGGACCAAGCUGUCUACCUGCUCAAUAACUACAACAGACUCACCUCUCAGAAGAUGUUCCAGGCUAUGGCUAAGUAUGAUCAAGGGUGUGGCCCAGGAGGUGGACAGGACAGCGCAAAUGUCUUCAAGGAUGCGGGUGUAACUGUGCUGACCAACACCCAGCUAUCUCCUGCUGUACGCGGCAAUGCAGGCUGCGGAACCCAGUCACGCAGGAAAAGGGAUCUUCAAAACUCACUGGAGGCAAAAGCAAUGGAGUACAGUGAGGAACUCCAGCCUUGCUGCAUGGAGGGCCAGAAGUGGGAUCCUCUUGGCCGGUCGUGCCUCCAGCGUGCCAAGCUGAACUCUACAUCCCAAGACGAGUGUUACUUUGCCUUCCUGACGUGCUGUAACCACGCACGCAGUCUGCGGAGGCUGGGGCGCGGGCGUGGACGGAUGGGGGGCGGUGGCGGCCUGCUGGAUAUACCCAUCGACGAAGACGAGUCUCAGCUUGUGGCGCGUACGGAAUUCCCAGAAACCUGGAUCUUUGAGGACGUCCAAGUGGAUGACGGAGGUCAGGCGGUCGUACCUGUGACUGUGCCCGGCAGUAUCACCACCUGGGUCAUCCAGGCUGUGGGCAUAUCCACUGCAAACGGCAUGUGUGUGGCCGAACCCUUCCGCAUGGAGUCCUUCAAGAAGUUCUUCAUCCACCUGCAGCUGCCAUACUCUAUCAUCAGGGGGGAGCAAGUGGCCGUCCGGGCAACCAUAUUUAACUAUGAUCAACAGGACCUAAGGGUGAAUGUGUACAUGCAAGGUGUGGAGGGUGUGUGUUCAGGAGCGAGGGCAGGAGAGAGAAGCGAGCGGAAAACACUCUUCAUCAAGGGCAAUGACGCUGCCUCCGUCCUAUUUCCCAUCAUCCCCCUGGAGGUCGGGACGUUUCCCAUCCGCGUUCUCGCCUUCAGCACUGCUGCAGGAGGUGACAUCAUCGAAAAGUCGCUACAAGUUAUCCCAGAGGGAGUGGAGAGGAGGUUGACGAGAUCCAUCUUUGUGGAUCCCAAGGGGCGAGCACAAGACAGGAAACGGGAGGGCGAGGAGGGGGUGGAUCUUCCUACCGAACAUGAUGUUGACCCUGACAAUGGACUACAGUUUGACGUUGUGGAUGUCCGCUUACCUCCAGAGACAAUCGAAGGGUCGGAGAAAUGUGCCAUCAGUGUCAUGGGUGACAUCAUGGGCCCCACCAUCACCACGACCAUCGGUGGCCUGGGGACGCUCCUCCGUCUGCCCACGGGCUGUGGAGAACAGACCAUGAUCAAGCUGGCGCCCAACGUGUACGUCCUGAGCUACCUGCACUGCACCAACCAGAUCACCAAGGAUGUGGAGGAGAAAGCAUACGACUUCAUCAGACAAGGCUACAACAGACAACUUGGUCAUAGGCGACCUGAGGGCUGUUUCUCUGUGUGGGGACAGAACAACAGAUAUCCCUGCAGCACUUGGCUGACAGCCUUUGUGAACAAAGUGUUCUGCCAGGCUAAGAAGUUUGUCAGCAGUAUAGAUGAGGAGGCUGUGUGUACUGCCAUGGAGUGGCUCCUCAGCACCCAACGGGAGGAUGGGGCUUUUAAGGAGGUCUACAAAGUCCAUCAUAGGGAGAUGACGGGUGGAAUACAAGGAGAUGCAUCCAUGACAGCAUUUGUGCUCAUUUCUCUGCUGGAAAACUGUGAAUGCCCCAUAGCGGAACGAAGCAUCGCCACAGAGAGGGCCACCAGGUUCCUAGAGAGGCAGCUGGACCAACUGCAGCGUCCGUACGUCAUCGCCAUAGUAACAUACGCUCUCCACUUAGCCGACAGUCCUGUCAAGGGUGCCGCCAACGAGAAGCUCAGAAGCAUUGCCAAGUAUGAUGAAGGUACAAACUCCCGUUACUGGGAAGCCGAUGCCUCCAGCAUUGCCGAUGCACAGAAGCCCUACUGGUACACCCGCAAGCCCAGCGCCAUUGCCGUGGAGACCACGGCGUACGCACUACUGACACAGAUGCACCUCGGAGACAUCCAGUACAGCAACCCCAUCGUGGUGUGGCUCACUCUGCAGCGCAACAGUGCAGGGGGCUUUGUGUCAACUCAGGACACAGUGGUGGCUCUCCAGGCCCUGUCCUCCUACUGUGGCAGUACCAAGGUCGACCCCACCCAGUUCACCUGUCAGCUGACCUCCGAUAACGAUCUUGACUUUAACGAGGAGAUUCAUGUGGACGAGGAUAACGCCCUGAUCCAACAAGAGAAAACUGCACCAGUUGGAGGCAAGUUGUUCCUGAGUACAAGUGGCACUGGUAUUGGACAGAUGCAGGUGGAGGUACGUUAUCACACCCCAGAUGUUCACCGGGAGCGCUGCCUCUUCGAGGUUGUCGUGACAACAGAAGAGGCAGAAGCUCCCGUGGAGCCUGACGAGGAACCAGAAGAAGACCAGCAGGAAGGAGACGAGGACUACCCAGACUACGAUGGCGAACUCGAUGCCAGGGAAAGAAGCGCGUUCAGUUCACGGUCCCGCAUCGGAGGGUUCCUGAGGUCGCGGUCUCGUAUUGCGCGCCAAGCAGAGGAUGAUCAAAGCCAGCACUUCAUUAGAGUUAGAGUCUGCACCAGCUACCGAGGCCAGCGGGAUGCCUCCAAUAUGGCCAUCAUGGACAUCGGCAUGUUCUCCGGUUUUGAACCGGUCAAGCAGGACCUGGAACAGCUGUUGAACCGUGUUGGAGAGCAAGCUGUCCAGCGGUAUGAGACAACCAACCGUGCAGUUCUGUUGUACUUCGAUCAGAUCACCUCAGAAGAGAUUUGUGUGAGUGUUCGCAUGAAACGUGUGAGCCUGGUAGGGGCCGUCCAGCCUGUUCCAGUCAGUGUCUACGAUUACUACCAGCCAGACGAUGCCUGUACGACAUUUUACCACCCUAGCCAGGGCAGCCCUCUGUUAGCCACUCUGUGUGAGGGCAGUCAGUGUAUCUGUGCUGAAGGGAAGUGUCCCAAGGAGACCUCCCCUAAGAAACUGAGGGACUUGACUCAAAGAGACCUGGAGGAGAAGGCUUGUAAUGACCUUGACUAUGCUUUCAGAGUUAUUGUGAUGGAAGUGCGACAGGAGGGCAGUUUUGACAGGAUCAAUAUGCUUGUGGAGAGCCCCAUCAAGAAAGGCCUUGAUGAUGUGUUUGAUGGAGAGGAGCGAGUGUUUUGGAAACGGAAGACUUGCUCCAGCCUUCAGCUGGUGGAGGGGACCACGUACCUACUGAUGGGGAAGGAUGGGACCAAGUACACUGAUGAGGAGGGCUUUGACAGCUUCAGGUAUGUGAUCACUGAGCAGUCGUUUGUGGCAGAGUGGCCGACUGGGGACAAGGCACAGAGGAGGAAGUUCAAGCGAGUGGCCGACAAGUUUCAGCAGCUGGCAGACAAAAUCCUCCUGCAGGGUUGUACCACAUAGAGCAACACCAGGCUCUUUCCUAGGACAAUGGCAACAGCUAGAGCUGUGUACAGUACAGUGCAUUAAUGCAGUACUGGUACAUGUACAAUCAAUUAGGUACAGGUCCAAAAUGUACCUGUACCUGAAAUGUGUUUAGGUACACAGCUCUAGCAAUAGCAUUACAUAUUUUACCGUUAAGUCCUGAACGUUCUCUUUAAAUCUAUCAUUCUUUGCUAAUAGAUGAUAUCAGCAACCAUUAGGGAAAAGCCUUUUUUUUACUUUUUAAUUCAUGAUCAAAGGAAGAUUUUCUCAUACAUUGUUUUCUGAAUUAAAUGUUCCAUAUGUGUCCUUAACCUUAGGUUUCCUAGGUCAACAGUCCAGAGUUCUCUUUGUUUAAGGUCGAUCAUAGUUAACUGAUAGAUCAUAUCAGCAACUAUGAGGAAAAGCUAUGUUGUUUUCUGACAUAUAUUCCUCUAAAUGUGUCUGUAAGCAUUCGCAUGUCUUCUUUGAAGCAUCUGUGCUCAUGUAUAUUUGAGAGUGCAUCUAUACAAAAUGAAGGAUGUAUUUUGAAGUACUUCCAGGAAAUGUGCAAUUUUAGUAGUAUCAAGAAGGUUAGAAAUUUAGCUUCCUUGGUAGGAACAUUCGAACAUGCAAUGUCAAAACAUGCAGCUUAUUCUAAAGAUGGUUGGCUGCAAAAUUUAGCAGUAAUUAAAUCGUAAUGACAGUAGAUAGUGUUGAACAUACAUGUAGCAGUUGCCAUGACAGUUGGUAACAUUCAAUCAAUAUUCUACUUUGUACAUGUAGAUAGCUUCUCUGUAUGAGAAAAUAUGUCGGAAAGGUUGACAGUCUGACAGGUAAUAUGCAAGAAAUUCUUGCUUAUUUUGUAUAACAAGAUGCAUUUUGAUCACCCUCUGGUCAUGUGUGAGACAUAGCUUUGAGACUCAGAUAUAAAAGUUUGUGGUGAAAAUUUAUGUUUAGAACUUAGUUACUGGUUUGAUGGAAGUAUAAACUACAGUGCUAGGGGCUUGUCUGGCACUGUACAUUCAAGUUGGAAAGAAACUACGUAUACGCCAAAUUCAGGCCAAAAAGUAGUUACUCAAGUAACUGGAUAUGGUUUUGGAAACUGUAUGAUUCAAUCUGAAAAUAGUUGAAUCCUCAUUGUCAGAUAAGAAAUCAGAUAAAUCUAAGUCUCUGUUGUCAAUAUAUGCUGCCUAUGGUUCCAAUCAAUACAUUCUUGAAAAAAAAUGUCUCUGUUCUGUGUUCUUCUUUCAGAUGAAUAAAAUAUCACAUUUGACAAACA